CGGCGAAACCAUAGUUGAUCAUUUCCUCACCGAAGCCACUGGUUGGUUGGGAAGUGCCAAAGGCUGGUUAGGCAGUGCCAGCGCUUCAAUUCCAUCAAUGCCGGCAAUGCCUACCAUGUCUAUGCCAUCAAUGCCAGCUAUGCCAGCCAUGCCGUCGAUGCCCUCAAUUCCGGGGCUGCGCAAAGGUGGCGCCGAAGCUGGUGAGGGUGUCGCCGCAGAUGGCGCUGUCGCCGAGAGCGGAGAUCCCACAGGUGCCGUGAGUGGUGAAGAUGAUGACAAAUCGAGGUACAUUAGCGCUACAGAGGGUGCUGAUUCACACCCCGCUUCCGGCGGUGGCACCCCCACCGGUGAUGAGGGUCAAAUCGGACAGGGUAAGGGCGAAGAAGCGAACAUUACCACCAAAGUAACACAGCAGGCAAAACACUUCGGCUCAUUUUUGUCAUCGGCCAUAAAUAAGGCGGGCGCCAAAAUCAAGGAGACUGUCAAGGAGAAUCCCAUCCUCGAGUCAUUCAACAAAGAACAGGAAGCCUUUAUUAAAAGUCAAGGUGGCGCCGAUUCCGGUGUCGCCCCAUGGAUUGGACACUCCAACGAGGCUAAGAUCAAGGAGGAAAUUCUCGGCCUCUCACAAGAUCGUCGCAAUUUCGUGCGCGCACCACCAGCCGGUGUUGAUUUUGACUUCAACUACGAUACAGCGUAUCCCACAGCUAUUGCCAUAAUGGCCGAGGAUAAAGCGCUGGAAACAAUGCGAUUCGAACUGGUGCCCAAAAUCAUCACCGAGGAGAAUUUCUGGCGGAAUUAUUUCUAUCGUGUUUCACUAAUUAUUCAGGCAGCCGAAUUGGGUACACUUGGCGCUGAUGGCGUUGGUCAGGCCUCAAGCGGUGAAGACGUUAAAAAAACACAAACAGACAAGUCGCCAGCAAAAGCGGCUGCWCUUGCUGUCGGUGCAGAGCAAACAAGCGCAAAUGAUAAGGAUGCCAAAACAUCGACGCCGAUUUCGCCUAUAUUUCAACAACCCAUUGGUGUAGGCUUAGAUAAGCCUGUGAGCCAAAAGUCACGGCAUAGCGAAUCGGAGUUCGUUUCCGAUUCAUUUCACACAAAUACUGAAACUGAUUUGGAAGAAAUCAAAGAUGGCAUGCGCAAAUUGGGUAUUGAUAGUAUGACAGAGCAAGCGCUCGGCAGUGAUGAAGAACAAUGGGAAAAAGAUCUGGAGGCUGAGUUAAAGGACUACGAAGUGGUAAGCGACACAACAGGCGGCACGACAACAGCUCACAGUCGUGACCGCGGUGGCGGCAGCACUCACGCCGGCAAUACUGUUGAUCGCAAUGGCGAUGACGACGAAAUACCGACAAUAUCUAAUCUGCGCACACGUUCAACAAACAACGAUUGGGAGGAGUAUGCCGAUCUGAUCGAAGAUACCGAUGAUUUAAAGUAAUUAAGAGCCUAUAUCGUAGCUUCUUCUAACUAAGUUCAUACAUACCAACAUAUAACCGUUCAAUAUAAUUAAUUGUCCUAAACCAAUACCACCAUCACCUACAACAUUACAUACAUAUGUACAUAUAUACAUAUUUAUUAGAAAUAUGUAUACGGCCUUCGAUCUGUCAUUUAUACAUACAAAAUGUAUUGCUUAUUUAUCUAAACUUAAACUCAAACUAAAAAAUUUCAAUUACUACGCAUACGUUUACUUGACUUACCAUAAUUGUACUUGUAUUUGACGUGUAACAUAUAACAUUUCUGGUUUUUCUUCUUUUCUCUCCUCUCACAUACUUUUCCAUACCCGACUUUUGCUAUCGACGGCUUUACCGUUUACCGUUACUUUCUGACGUUACCUUUAAUUUAUUGUGUACCGUKAAAAUGUUUUUAUUUCUACCCGUUUGUAACUGUAUUUUAUGUUUUGUGGUUGUGUUUGUAUUGGAAACUGUAUUAUUGCUGCCAAUGAAUUACACAUUUAAUGAAUUAUAAUUAUAAAUCAAUUAAUUCAUGACAUUAUCAUGUGUAAUGCAAAACCAACAAAUGUGAAAACAAAACAAAAAAA